GUGUGUGUGUGUGUGUGUGUGAGAGAGUGUGAGAGAGCACAUGAUUGGUCAGUGUGUGUUGUUCUUCAGCCCGGUCACCGCCCACUGCUGUAAAGUGAUGUUUCGAGAAAUUUGACCGCGGUCAUCCUUUUACUUUGUUCCAAAACCGACUUGACAGCAGUUAACCAUGGCAGCAUGCUCGAGAUAUUCUCUGUACUGGGAGGAGACUGACUGCUUGAGCUACUAUGACAUGCUGUCUCUUCAUGAAGUCUUUGAAAUUGUGGGUUCCCAGCUGACAGAGACUGACGUCGAAGUCCUGUCAUUCCUUCUUGACGAAGUCUAUCCUGCCAGACACCCUCUUGAUCCAGAAAGCUGGACUGAAGAGGUUUCGCCAGACUCUGAUUCACCUGUAAAUUCUCCUUGCCCGCGUCUUUUGGAGGCUUGGCGCAGGAUCCGCCAUACGGGAGAGCCAGGUCCCUUUGCUGCCCGUUGCAGCCCUAAGAGCGGUGUUGCACUGUUGCUGGAACUGGAGAGACGUGGCUUCUUGAAUGAAGCAAAUCUGGAGCCUCUGUUGCAGCUACUUCGAAUUCUUACACGGCACGACCUCUUAGCAUUUGUCUCCAGUAAGAAGAGAAGAACAGUGUCACCAGAGAGAGAACCUGUAAGCUAUGUGGAAAGCAGAGAACACGCACACACAAGCUCACAGUCAGAGCUGGCAAACACACACGAGUCUCAGUGGAGGGCAGGUGUUGGCUCAGCUGUCAGAGCAUCUGCACCAGCACGAAGGAGAAGGGGAAGAGGGCGAGGCCGGACAAGAAAGGCCAGGGAUACGUCAGAAAGCAUAACUCAGCCUGCACCUAACAAAGUGACCUGCGUGAAAAUACAGUGUUUUGUGCAAAAUACACUUAGCAAGCAAGCUCCUCCGUCCUUAAGAGGCACACCAGGCUGUCAGAGAUGGGGGUGGCCAUUUUGGGCCGUUAUGAUGCAGGAUGAUUCAGUGUCUGAAUCAGACAGACACACUGCAUUGCUCAUCACACCGAGACUGCUGACUCUGCCAGUGUUCAGAUUAGCACAUUUAAGUGCCUGUCCAUUUAUUAAUAACGACCUGCUUUGUAAGUGAUCUGUAAAUCUUUAACAAACCAAAAAGGUUGGGAAACUAUUUAUUAAAAUUGUUAAAACAGGAGAGUCUGGGUGUGUAUUGCUGCAACAAUGUCAAGUGAACGUAUAUUAGUAAAGAAAAAAAAUAGCUAGUAGGACGCUACAAAUAUAUGUCAUAGCUGCAUCUUUUGUUGAAGAAAGAAAUUUUGUGUUGACUAAAACAGUAGCACUUUUCCACUGUACACUGUGGCUCAGCUUGGAAAAUUAACCAGGAUCCCACGUUUUGGCCUUGCGAGCUGUGCUGUUUAAAAGCAGGCUGAAUAGUUCCUUCUUGCCCAGGUGUCAUUUGAGCUGAGCUAGGUGCUAAAAAUAGUCUAAACCAUUGGUUGGUCAAACACAGUUGUCACAGAAUAAUUCAGAUUCAUAUCCCUGGCUGGAAUCUGGUGACACAAAAGUCUUCAGUAGUGACUUUCUCUUUUCCGGAGUCGUUUGUCUGGUGGGUUUAAUAGGCAACAUCAUAGUUUUAUACAACAGCUUAAUGGUUCAGAUUGAUUUUAAUUUAAUUACCCACAUUCUUUUCUUAAUUAAUUUCUUAUUGAUAUUCACCCGUAUUUUACAUUUCUUAUAUUUGAAAGUAAAGCACAGUAAAAGUAAAGUUGGCCCCUUUCACUGCCACCCAUAUUUUAACAUCAAAUGAGAUAUGCCUGCUUUCAUUGCAAUCAUUUAAUUCUAAUUUUAACUAAAAACAAAUUCAAGCAGUCUGUCAGUAGUCACCCCCUGAAAACCUCAAGAGAACCUCAACCUCUUACCGUCACGGUUCGCAGUAUAUUGUGGGAAACGGACACCUGCAUUCUGUCAGACAGUCCUAGGUUCAAGUUUGUUACCAAGCCAUGCCGGGCUGUUCAGUGGAAAGUGCUAUAGUCAUGCUCUAAUGGCUCGUAAAAUGAAAACAGAUGUGCAUAACUUAAAAAGUCACAGGUACAGCAUCAUGGAAUGAGUCAUUACAUUACAUUAAUUUGCUUCUCUUUUAAAAGAUUGUUGUAUGGACAGCUUCUUUAACUAUUUAGAAAAAUAGUCAUAAAAAAUUACAGAAAGACCGCUGACGUGUACUUCUUCAGGGAAAACUCCAGAGUACAGAAGCUUCACUCACUGCGUUGUAUAAAACAGAGGUGCCAAGCAUUUUAAACCAGCCAGCUAAAUGAACCUGAGUCUGAGCUAAAUGAUUUUUUUGGUAAUAAAUUGUAGUCUGUUUAACUGUUUUGUAGAAAAUGUACGGUGGGGUCCAAAAGUCUGAGACCACAGUGAAAAUCUUUGAUUUUUUUUUUCUCACUUAAAAUUGGAAAUAAACAGAAGGUUUAAAAAAAUUGAAAUAUUUAAAACAAAGAAAGUAAAUGUUCAAUUUCUUGAAUAUUUAAUAUUCAAGAUUCUAAAGUAUUUCUAGGUCCCUAUGUAAAUGUAAGCAAAUUUGUGAUAUUGCCCAUGUUAACUGCUCUGUACAAAAGGUCAGAUCUUCCUCAUGCCUGAUCUCUUCUAUUGAAGCAUGUGAUCAGAUCAGAUUGAUCUAAAAAUGGAUCAUAAGGUUUUGCACAAACUUGUGGAGUCCAUGCCAGCUCGAGUCACACUGUCAUUAAAGCAAAAAAGGAGAUGUACUAAAUAUUAAGAAACUCUGAAAUUUAUGUAAAUAUUUCAGAUAUUCUACUUUUCACUCAGGUUGUUGUCAGUAAUAUAGUUUAUAAUAAAAUUGUUCUAUUAAAUUAGAAAAGAAUGCAAAAUAGAAACAUUUUCACUAGUACUCUCAAACUUUUGGACCCCACUGUAUGUUCAGUCUGUUUGUGCACUUUUUAUAAAAUGCUGACAAAUGACUAAACAGAUUUAUUGGCCUGGCCCACUUGACACUGGACUAAAUAUAAUGUGGCCCGUUGCCUAAAAUGAGUUUGACACCCCUGCUCUAAAGCCUUGAGAUACAUCAUCAAAAACACACCACAUCCCCCUAAAGGCACCUUACCAAGUAAUCAGUUUUGUUUGCUCAAAUGAACGUGAAUGUGUCAGAAUGGUUGGUGAUUCGUAUUUUCUGCUCAAACAGCCUGAAAGGGUGAUAAAUGGGUAAAGGAGUGGGCAAGAAAGAGUGCCUCACCAUCAUUACAAAUUGCUGCUAUGUUUAAUGCUGCUCUGCCAUACCAGGUAAACAAACUACUGCAUUAGUCACUGGGAAAUAAAAGAAAUAUGUGGUGUACGAUGAUAAAGGUCCACUAAGUUAAAAACAAAAUCAAUAUUUCUAAUAUUAGCAUUGUAAUAAAAAAUGAGGGGCAUGGUUAACUUCAAAUUUUGUACAUUUGUGGCGAUAUUUAGGGUCGCUACUAUCUGAAAAGAUAUGGUAAUUGGUUAUGCAGUCAACACUAUGGCUCACAGUUGGUGAACAAUGUGAAACUGGUGCAUUCCCCAAGUUGGAUAUGGGAAAAUGAAAUUAAAACAACUUUAAAUGUGAAACAAAUUGGAAAUAAUUACUGAGAUAACCUACUGAAGUGGUAAAAGACUUGUGAAAAUAAAUGAAAAUACAUAAAGAAGAUGAAUUCUGAAUUAUGAAAGUCUCUUUUAAAAUAAUUUCAGCUGGAGAGCUUUAAUCUACUGUUUCUAAAAUUAUUCAUGAAAAUAUUUUCUUGUAUUUACGUUUCGAGGUACUGAGUUAUCACUACUCUUUGCUUUGUCAUCGUAUUACUUAGUACUAUGAAAUAGACCAUUUCAGGGGACUACAAAUACUUGGACAAAUGACCAUAAACAGAGCGGUUAUAUUUAAACUUCUCCUUUGCAAUCAGCAUCAUAAUUUGAUUGUGAGUUAAUAUGUCCAAAAAGGUUUUGGGCUGAAACGUGUGUUUUGCAUUGCACUCCUUGAAAGUUAUUUAAGAGAAACCUAUGAACCAGAAGAACUGUAUCUGUAAUAGCCAGCUGUUACAACUACAUGGUGCUUAGAAAAGUAAUAAUCAGGUGGUUUCCUUUAUGUUUAUUGUAACUAUUAUACUUGUUUGUUAUAUUAUGUAUGAUGAAAUUAAGUAGCUUGUGAACUCAAAACCACUACAGGCUGAAAAUCAAGACUCAAGGAUCAGAUCAACCAAUAGGCACUUUUGUGCUCUCAGGAAGUAAAUGAAAUGCUUGAUUUUACACACCCAGUGAAUGUGAUGCAUAUACAGUACUUAGAAUAAAGCUGUAGGGUGAUUUAAGUUCAACUGCCAAUAUUUACAAAGGGGAAAAUCCAUAUUCAGAAUCACAUUACACGGGUACAAACGUUGAAUGUCUGGGCGGCAAUAAUUAUUCAGAUUUUUGUAAUUACCCACACACAGUUCAUGUGUUUGAGUUGCCAAGCUUUGUCCUUUUCUAGCAGGUGGUAUUCAGUUGUAUCUAGAUCUACUCCUUGUAAACAGAGCACUUGUCUUAAAACCACAAAUAUCAGGGGAUAAAAAUAGAGUUUAGACUGAUACAGACAUUAAUUAAUUCAUUAAUUCAUUCAUCUUCAGCAACUGCAAGACAAGGCCUAAUACAAUGAUCAACUAAUCAAACAUAUUUGCAAUUAGAAGAAUUCAAAGAAACUUCUAAUACUAGCCAAAUAUAGUGUAAGGCUGAUGAAUAUCAGGCAUAGAUAUCACAUUUAUUUGCAAUCACAGAAAAUUUGUCUUAAUUUAACUAUAUGGAUCUUAGCCAUAUUAAUUAGUUACAAGGCUGUGAUUUACCAGCAUACUAAAUUAUGUCCAAAAAAGGCACAUUGUCUUUAAUGCCAUCUCCUUCAACUUCCUGCAUGUGCAAGAAACAAAAAAUUUGUUUGUUACCUCUCCAAGACUUGACAGAUUAAUUAUUUCAUAAAGUCAUAGUUAUGUAUUUAAUUUUGCCCUCAAAUGUUUUGAGUUAAAUAAUUUGACAAUUAAAUUGUCACCCAGUAGUACUGGACUUAGUACUGGUUGAUAUGCAAAAAAUAAAUAAAUAACAGUCAGAUUUUCUGGGUUAAAAUUGUUCAUAGCUGAGACAUGCCUCUGUUCUGGCCAAACCUUGCCCCAUGGGUGCAAAUAGCACUUAACUGUUAGAAUAGAGUAAAAUGGCUGUAAAAGGUAGUUUGUUAUUGGUGAGGCAGGAACCAGUGGUCUCAUAGUUGAAGUGUGAAUGUAUUACUUAGUGGACCUUUAACUAGUUAUUGCAUUCUACUCCAUUUGUGUCUAAAGUAUCACUUUCUUUCCCAUGUGAUAUAUAUUUGACUAAUUCAUAGAUGUCAUUUCCAGUGUUUGUUUUAGUCUCGCUUUAGAUUCCCAGACAUCUUCAUUCUGCAUGAUCACAUUAUCUUUUCUCUUUAUGCAUUCUCUCUCUCUCGCUCUCUCAACAUAACAUAAUGCUGGGACAUUAUAUGUAAUGCACUUGCUGUGAAUGAAAGCAAAUGCUUUAAGGCUCUCUAGAGUAUAACUCUCUACUCCUCUAUAUGUGAACUUGGCGAAGCUCGCUGAUCCGCUGUCAGUACGUGUGCAGCUGAAUGAAUGAGAUUCUAUGGCCCUCAUUCACUUUCCCUUGUUACUGCUCAAGCUUCUGCACAUCGGAACCUCAAAAGAGAGCAUGCAUAGUAUUUCAGCUCCUUGUAAAUGAUGGAAAUACAUUGCAAUCAAUGUGUUAGGAGUGUUAACCCAAUGUUGUCUGCCACAAGCUCUUUUUUGACCCCUUUUAACCCCUUUUUUGAUACUUUUUCUGUGUAUAUGUGGCACUUGUGUUUGUUUGUUUUUGGAAUGAUGAGCCUUUUUUGUUUAUUUUUAGUUUUAUGUAAUGACCUUUUCAAUUCAUGAAUUGUUUUAUUUCAUUGGUUUGUUCUCACUAAAAACAGAAAGAAAGUUCAAGUAUCCCAAAAGAGUAGAUUGAACAUUCGCCAAAGUAUUUUGAGAUGAAACAAAAAAGUUUAUUAUUUCCUAUUUAACGUAGUAUUUUUGUCUUAUUAUCACAUAAAAAGGUCCUUAUUCUGGAACGGAAGAAGUUUCUCUUUCACUAUUUCUGUGUGCUUUACAUGAUGCCUACAACGUGUUGGUUAUACUCUUAAAAGAAGCUUACCAUUUAAGAUACAGUCCUGCUUUACCAUGAAUGCCCUGUGACCUUUGAUCUUUUGCUCCUGAACAUGCUGAACGUGCUCUUUGCUCUAUUGACCCCACAUUUGAUUCCAGCAGGUUGACUCAGGAAUGGGUAGGAAAAGCAGGAGAAUGGAUAGAGAAAGAGAGAGUGCACGCCACACUAAAUGGCGUGCGCUGUCCUCUCUGUGCGAUCAUACACACUCAAGCCAAGCGUGUGCAUUCUCACUCGCGCUCUCCUUCAUGAGGCCUGGUCCAUGUCUAAGGUAAAAAGUUUACCUUCCUCACUCGGUUAAGAGGAGGGGUGAAAGUGCUGAAUGUUACCAUUAUAAACAGUCCACUUCCUCAUACCAUGAUUCCCCAAAAGACCUGUGUUUAUUUGUGUGCUAUUAGUAGACUUUGGGGGAACAGCUAGUACAGAAUUCUGGAGAAAGUUGUUGGCCACAGAACUGACUCAAGAAAGGCAGAAAAUUUCUUCUUUCAUUUUCAUCACUGCUAAAUGGGAAAGGAACCUUCAUAUAAUAAGAAAAUUGUCCUAAAACAAUAUCUUUUUCACAGAUCUUUCACAGUUAUCAGGGUUCUCCUGAAUGCGUGUCAUUUGAACUUAUCAAAACUGAGGAAGUCAAUAACAAUAUCAAAACUGAAUCUGCCUUGAGUGGUAGCUCAACCCUGAGAAAUGUCCAAUUUUUCAUUUUGUGAGCAGUUCUGAGGAAAAUGACCCAACAGAGCUCUUGCUGAAAAUCAAAUUUUAAAAGAAAUGUAGACGUAAAUAUCAUUGGGGGGACUACAAAUUAAAUUUAUUUCUACCCAUAUAGAAUUGAACCUUGUGAAAUUGCCUGCUUUGACCGCAACAGAGGAACAGCCUUUGGAAAACGUUCAUCCCAAACUCUGCUUGUCUCUUUCUCUCUCCUUUGUGUCCACAGUUGAAAAACAGACUGACUCAAGUGUCAGGGACAAAACAAGUUGGCCAUCCUCACAUACUAAGAGCGAACUUAAAGAACGAGAUAAAAUAGUGAGCGGUUGGUCAGCAGCCUCCUGCUCUUGUUCUCUCUCCCUCCGUCUUGGUUUGUUGUUCAUCACAAAAGAGGGAUGGAUAUAGUGUGGAAGCUCUUCGCAUGGAGCAGCUCCUCGUAAAAUUGUGCCUAAAGGUUGUGUUUUGCUGGAAAAUAAAAUGACCUGUUUUUAUUUAUACUGUAAAUAACAAAAAAUCUGGAAAUUAGACAUCUAACUUUACCAUCAUGGAUUAAUGUAAUUUUGCUCAAAUGACCUCUUGUCUGAUUCUCUGUAAACAGUACACAUACAGUCCAUCAUUAGAGAAAAACUGUUGGUUCAUGUAUUUUGUACUGAAUCAUCUGCCUAAAAAAGUGGUGGAAGUAGAGGUGGAAGCUCGAUGGAGAUGUUCUUUUUUUUUUUUUUUCUUUUAUUUCUUUUUUUUAACAAUACAAAAUAGCUCUAUGUCCUUGCUGCAUGACAGCAUGAGAGGUGCUUUACAAUGGAACAAAAUGGAAAGUGCUAUUUGAAUGUACGCUGUCAUUGGAUCUCUUCUGGAGAAUGUUUUUUUUUUUCUUUUUCUUUCUUUUUUUUUUUUUUUUUUUUUUUUUUUUUUUUUUUUUUUUUAAAAGCUUUUAACCAGUUUAUGUUUUCAGUUUGUUCUGUGCAAACCAACAGUGAAUUUAAUAUAUAUGGGGAAUAUUUUGAACAAGAUAGAUCCAGAGAAAAAAUCUCAUUUAGUUUGAUGUUCCUCUAGUUACCUGUUUUUACACUCAAUUCUAAAAGCCUACAGAGAUUUGUAUGCUUUUAUUCCUUUCUCUUGAAGGUGUAUUAAUUAAGAACCAAGGAAUUGCCUUUCUUUGUGCUCUUAUCUUAGUUAGAAUUGUCACUGGUUACUUUCCAUUACAGUAUUUUCUAAUGUCUCAUUUGAUGUCUACAAGAAGUAAUUGUUGCAGACAGUAAUUAUAAAUGAACAGUGAUAUGCAGGGAGGUGGAGUUUACUAAUGUUUACAAAGCACAUUCAACCUCCUUGUAGUGAUAAACUAUGUCUAAAACCCUAUUAUUGUUCCUUCAAACAUAAUAAACUAGCUGUAUUAGAAUCAUA